AUGGGCGGUAAUAUUGGUGGUGACAUUAAUGUUGGUCUUGGUGGUUCCGGUGGUCUGAACGUUGGCCUUGGUGGUUCCGGUAGUGUGAAUCUUGGCCACACCGUUGGAGUUGGCGGUUCUGGUGGUUUGAACAUUGGUCAUACCGUUGUCACUACUACUGGCAGCGGGCUAGGUGGAGGCCUUGGCGGCCUUGGCGGCAUUGUUAGUGGUCUUACCAAUGCCGCUACAGGACUUGUUAAUGGCGUUACCACCGCUGCUGGUGGUAUUCUUGGUGGUGCCGCCAAUGCAGUUGGUGGACUUAUUCAUGGAGCUACCACAGCCCUAACAGGAGGUAGUUCUGGUGGCGGUCUUCUUGGCGGCCUACUUGGUGGUCGCUCCGUUACUCAUCAACAAAGCUCUGGACUUUUGGGUGGUUUGUUUGGUUAA